AAGCGCAAGGUGGCGAUCUUCCUCGCGUACGUCGGGAAGGGCUACCAAGGCAUGCAGCGCAACCCGGGAGCGGUCACCAUCGAGGACGAACUCGAGAAAGCCAUCGUCGCCGCGGGCGGCAUCAGCGAUCUGAACGCGGGCGACUUCGCGAAGGUGCAGUGGAUGCGCGCGGCGCGGACGGACAAGGGCGUCAGCGCGGUCGGGCAGUGCGUGUCGCUGCGGAUGGUGAUCGAUCCGCCGGGGGUGAUCGACCGCGUCAACGCCGCACUCCCGGAGGGAUUCGAGUUUUUCGGAUACGAACGCGUCACCGGAGGGUUCAACGCGAAGACGAUGUGCGACCGACGGCGGUACGAGUACGUCGUGCCGGUGAAGGCGUUCGACCCGCGCGCAAAAAAUUCCGACGACGCGUCGCCGCCGUUCGAGUUCGACGAGACGAUGCGCCAGCGCGUGAACAAGAUCCUCGGGAACUACGUCGGCACGCACAACUUCCACAAUUUCACCGUGCGCGUCUCCCCGGACGAGCCGAGCGCGAUGCGAUACAUCAUCUCGUUCGACUGCUCCGCGCCGUUCGUCGUCGACGGCGUCGCCUUCGUCCGUUGCGUCGUCGUGGGACAAUCGUUCAUGCUGCACCAGAUUCGCAAGCUCAUCGGGAUGAUGCUCGGCGUGAUUCGCGGCGCGUGGAGCGAGGAGGACCAGCUCUUCGCGCUGAACACGAAAGAGAGCGUGAACGUCCCCAUGGCGCCGGAGCUCGGGCUGUUCUUGUGCGAGUGCAUCUAUCACGCGUACAACGUCCGAUACGCGUCGACGCAUCCGCCGCUGUCGCUCGAGAAUCACCGCGAUAAGGUGGAGACGUUCAAGCGCGUGCACAUAUAUCCGCACAUGGCGAGGACGGAGACGGAGGAGCAGACGAUGGAGAAUUGGAUUCGGAUGUUGCCGGUG